UGCGUGUGUUCUGUUCAAAGGAUGUCGUGGGUUAUUGCAUGGAAAAACUCGAGUACGCCCCAUCGGUGGCUGACAACGCGGGCUACACGCCGUUGCACGAAGCGUGUUCGCAGGGCCAUUAUCACAUAGCCAAGUUGUUGCUUCUGUUCGGGGCAGAUGUCAGCGCCAGCGCUCAAGGAGGCAUACGGCCCCUACACGAAGCUGUUGAAAACGGCGACGUGCACCUGGUGCGUCUGUUACUCAGUUAUGGAGCAGACCCGCAUUUGGCCACCUACUCGGGACAGUCACCAUUGUCUUUGGCCACAGACAAGCAGACCAGAAUGCUACUGGAACAUCAUGUCAACGACGUUCAAGGCUACGGCARCGCGUCCGUUUGGAAUUUCGAUGACACCACGCUGACCCGUGAACCCGAGGACGUUGACCGGCUGCUGUGGUGUCUGCCGCCUGCCCCAUCGCCGGGACCGACUGACGAAGGCCCAUCGUUCGAGUUCGAAUUUUCCGACCAAUCGCUUCCGGACGUCUACAAGUUUCCGUCCGAAGGAGGUGCUGACGGCGGCCGCAAGACCGCCGGCGUCGACGACGACGAUUGGGUGCUGUUCUCGGACGUGUCGACGGCUCUGUCCGUGAAGACUGUCGAAGCGCUCGUCCAACUGAUGGAGGACGAGAACGCCGUUAUGGCCGUGCCGGCGGAACGAUUCAAAGAGCGCGCGGUGCUCCGGAAAUCGUUGGGCCGACAACCAAUCGUAGUGCCGGCCACCCCGGCCGCAGCUAACAAAUCCAGUGAACGUCCGUCCAAUGACGACAGCGACUCUGUAGCCACGAAGGAAGCCCCUUCUUGCACGUCGUCGUCGUCCACACCCUCAGCGACCACAAUCUCCACCGGCGCCGCUACUACUACUGUUGCUGCCACUUCCGYAAUUACUACCUCCGCCGCCUCACCAUUCUCGUCAUCGACAUCCGGCGACGAGCAAAUACUCUUGGUCCGUUACGACCGCAAACUUAAACAGCUGUUGGGCGUGAGCGUGUACACGGUGAGUUGACGUCGUCKUCAUCAUCACCAAUAGGCGGACGUGCGCACACAGAACGAGUUACCGUGUUAUGUUGUUGUUUUUCUUAUUAUUAUUAUUUUUUUUUUUUACUAAUAAAUUUAAGAAUUGCCAUUUGACAUAUUUUUCAACUAUAUGUUUAAACGACAUUUCUUUUUGUACUUAAAUAAGUUACCCAAAUUUUUUUUAUUUUAUUUCUUAUGACGAAUUUUGAACAAGUUAAUAAAAAGGUUGACAAUUUAUGUUUUGGUUGGUUAGUUUUUAAAAUUGGACACAUAAUCCGAACCAUCGGACGUGUUUAGUAUUAUUUAAAAAAUUUCAUUUUGUUAUUCUAAAUGAUUUUGGUAUACCUCUUUGUUAAUGUUCACAUUAAGUUUUUAUUAAUGUUAAAUAUUAUUAUGUAUAAAAAUAUGAUAUUUACUUUUUUUUAACAGCUGUU